GAAGUCUAGGUUACCAGGCAAGAAAUCAAAAUGGCGGCGCCCAUGAAAUUUGUUGUGGUGAUCGUUCUCUCCAUAUUUUUUGCUUUUACUUCGGUAUUAUUCUACCAAGUAAACAAGGUGCAGCCAGAACCGUACAUGGACGAGAUUUUCCACAUACCACAGGCCAAGCAAUACUGCAAUGGCUCUUUUAACGAGUGGGAUCCUAUGAUAACCACCCUACCUGGCCUGUACCUAGCCUCAGUCGGUCUGCUCAGACCCAUCACUGAGUUGAUGCAAGUUGACAUGUCUGAGAUGUGUACUACUGUCAUUCUGCGAUCCACUAACAUCCUGUUUGCAGUGGGCAACUUGUAUUUGCUGUAUGCACUGAUCAUGAGAAUCAACAGACAUGACAAGGCAUCCCAUGGUUUCAAGCCACUUCUGACUGCAGCUUCCUUGGCCCAUCUGCCUGUGCUGUACUUCUUCACCUUUCUUUACUACACGGAUCCGGGUUCCACCUUCUUCAUCCUCAUUAUGUACCUAUUCAGUCUCCAUGGCAACCAUAUCAUGGCUGGUUUGAUGGGGGCACUCUGCGUUGUCUUCCGUCAGUCCAACAUUGUCUGGGUGGUCUUCACGGCGGGAGUGACGUUCGCGAGAGAGGUGGAGGGUGAGAGAGGCAGGAAGCAGAGUCCGGAUGCCGUCAACGACUUUGGAGCCAUCCUCACCUCGAUCAAGAAGGCGUUGCUGUAUCUCCUCAAGAUCUCCCAUCUGGGGCGUUUGAUACUCCUCCUCUGGCCAUAUGGCCUUGUGGCGGUGGCCUUUCUGGUAUUUCUGUACCUCAAUAAGGGAAUCGUGGUAGGGGACAAAAGUCACCAUGAGCCUUGCCUCAACCUACCCCAGCUCGUCUACUUCCUGAUGUUCUCAGCUUUCUUUGCUGCACCAUAUCUGACAUCCCCUUACUCCGCGGUCAGAUUCCUCAAGACCUGCCUGAAACGCCCGCUGACUUACAUAACCCUGACUUGCCUGGGAUUGCUUGCCGUCCACUACCUGACUUAUGUUCACCUGUACGUCUUGUCAGACAACCGGCACUAUGUGUUCAGCAUCUGGCGUUUGUACCAGCGUGACCACCUUAUCAAGUACUGCCUUGUACCCGUUGCAGUCUACAUUGACUGGUGCAUGCAGGACAACCUCCCAUCCUGCAGCAACCUGUGGCGCCUUGUCUACUUCACCUGCCUAGCUGCAGUCACCGUACCGCAGAAACUUCUAGAGCUGCGGUAUUUCAUUGUUCCCUACCUACUCUUCAGAGCCCAGAUGCCCUUGCAGCCCUACUGGAAGAUAUGCCUUGAGCUGCUCAUUGGUGCGGCAGUGAAUAUCGCCACCCUGUAUCUCUUUCUGGAGAAACCCUUUGUCUGGGAGGGUACCCCAGGUUUGCAGAGGUACAUGUGGUGAUGUGUUGUGGAUUUUAAGUACACGUACAUGUACAUGUAUCUACUUGAUGAUUAACAAUGCCGUACAUGUACAUGUAUGCAUUUUAGUAUUGUGUUCGUAAUUACACUUAAAAGUGUUAUCAAGUUAUAUGGUUUAGUGGAAAUUGUCUUGUAUGUGGUUAACCAAAUGUAAUAAAAUGUUAAGACAAAACCCAGUUGUCUAUUUAAGAAGGUUUAGUAAUCCGGAGUCUUGUCACUUACGGUACAUUUUGUCUGUGCUAAAGACAACAAUUGAUUUGAAUAAUCUAGAAUUUAAAUGUACUUAUACAAUGUGCUAUAAAUUUGAAUUAAAGAUGCAUAUUAAUAGGCAGAAAGAAAUGAGAACGAGGUACGGUGUGCAUUAUACUAUCACCCAUAGUACAGUGUAUAUGACAUACUUGUUAUUUGAUAUACAUUGUAUUGUUAAAAUACUUUUGGAAUUUGAAAUAACACGAUUAGAAGAAUUGACAUCAAGACAAAUACAUGUACAUUGUAACGAUGUAUGUGGCCAGCAAAACAAUCGUGGCUACACAAAAACACAGUCUUCAUACUGCUGUUGCUUUUGGUAUCAAAACAUUGUAACAAUUCCUUCCUUGAAAAACAUACACGUGAUUGUGACAGUAAACUUUCAAACUUCAAAGUCAGUAUACAUUAUACAUUGUAAACAUUGGUAACAUUAUAGACUGCACCGACAGUGAAACAAUUAACAAGUGCUUGUUGUCAGUUAUACAUGUACAUGUAUAUUGAAAUUUGAAGCUUUAGUGUUGGUAAUUAACCAUUAAUAAAUUCACUCUCUGUGAGUACAUGACCUUCAAUUCUAAUAAAAGUGGGGCAAACAAGU